AUGACAACACCAACACAAAAAAUUACACCAAAACAGCCACCUUCAAGCGGCGAAGAGUAUUUACGUAUGGUCCAACUGGAAGCAAAUAAAAUCCCGGACUUUUUUGUUGCAAAUAAACCUAUACAAAACAACAAUAUUGCAACCAGCUAUAAAUCGAAUCAGGUCAAAAUUGCUGGAUGGGCUAAAAGAGGUUGGGCGAAUAGUCAGAGUAUUUCGAUCGAAGAACAAGACAAAAAAAAUAGAGAAAUUGGUUUGAUUAAUGAAGAAUGGGAAAAUGCAUUUUUAAGCAGAUUUGAAAACUUGAGAGAGGGAAUUAAACCUUUGCCAAAUAAAACAUUAUUUCCACCUGUUAAAUUACCAAAUAAACAAGAUGAAGCUGGAUGGCUAAAAUUUUGUUACGGAUUAGAAAUACCGAAUUAUGAGUCAUCAACAAAAGUAUCAGAAAAUGAAGAAACUGAAACUGAUGAAGCGGCUGCGAUGAUGUUACCCUUUUUGA